GAUUUAAAUCAGGAGAGCGUGGUGGCCAAGCAAUCGGUCCACCUCUAGCGCUCAGGAUAAUGUGCAUUAAGGUGCCUGCGGGCAGACAGACUGAAAUGUGUGGGAGCACCAUCAUGCAUGAAGUACAGCUGUUGAUGGAAUGCUAGUGGCAUGUCUUCCAAGUAAUCAGGCAAUGUAGUACGCAAGAAAUCUGUGUAGUUCUGUUCAUUAAGCUUGUCCGGAAGAACGUAGGGUCCCAACAAACAAUCACCAACAAUGGCUGCCCAGAUUUUAAUGGCGAACCUCUGUUGAUUGAGACCAUUGGAUAGUUGCACGGGGAUUUGUGUCCGCCCACACGUGCCGAUUAUAUUUUGGAUUCCGUCCCUGUGAAUGUCGCCUCAUCCGUGAACAACACCAAAGCUGCGAAGUCAGGCGUCGCACCGCAUUGUUGCAGCAACCACCGGCAGAACGUUACUCCUGUAGGAUAAUCCGCAGGAGGCAAGGCUUGUACAGGAGCUGUUCUCGUAGCAGUCACCAGAUCGUAAUCUGCGGGAUAUUCUUCUGCAGGACUACAUCUUCCUCGUCCUCGGGGGUUGUACUUCUUGGCCGUCCCCCUGUGCCUGGUGGACGUGCGAAACUCCCGUGUUCGCAUAGGCGGCGAUGGGUACCUUCAAAUGUCUUUCGGUCUAGCAAUCUGCACAUUGGAUAGCGUCCCUGAUACAAGCGACGCGCCUCCGAAGCAUUACCAUCCGCCAAACCAUACAUGUAAUGCAUGCUCGCGAGUUCUUCGUUCGUGUACAUUACGUAUCACUUUAAAGCAGGCUGCAAACACUUAAUAAUCACAGAUAACAGACGUCAUACACACAUCCACAUUCCUUCAUCUCAUGAAAAUUCUUUUCCCAAGCCAAAUCUACUUUGUACCGCCUGGCAUAGACUGCACGCCGUCUGUCAUAUACGCCAGGCUCUUGCUCAAUUAACUGCACAAAAACAAAUUACCAGCUCCGUCAGUUAUUCCUGACAACUUAACUAACUGGAUCCUCAUGCGCAUUACAGAACAGCUGCUUUCUACGAAUCCACGCAACAACUCACGUCAGCCGUACUCAAUCUAAUGAAGACUGGCAUGCUCCGUUGCCUGGAUAUUGAGUUUCUCAGUCUCCCAACGCGUUGCGUUGUCGUUUCCUCAAUUUGCGCAGCCCCAAUUACUAACUUGUGUCAACUCCGGCUGAUUACACUUUUCAGAAAUCGCGGUUGGCAGUUUCCUUGGUGUACGACCGGCUUCAACUGCCUAAGGUUCGUAGUGUGUGCUGUGAGAACAAAGAAAGCAAAUUAGUAUGUAUUUGUACAGAAUUAUUAUUAUGUUUCCUUACAGACUUGGGCAAAUAUUCGCGACUAGAUACAAGUACGCUUGUUAGAAAUAUGAUUCCAUAUCACCAGGAUUCUAGCAAAUCAAUUCAUUUGCAAACCACAAAACGUGUGAUAAGAAAGUUUCGAGGUUAUGAAAGAUUCUGCUACAAAGAGACGAAGAAAUAUUUCCUGCUUUGAGAGAAAGGAUGAACUAUACAAAGUCAGAGAAGGUCUUAGUGGGUCCAUAUGGUGAGAUAUACCCAGCAAGUCAUGAUGCAAACCACGCCAUGAAUAUAAAAGCUGAAGAAGUCUCAGACUCACAAGAGAAAGCGGAUCCUGCGCAAAUAACAGUUCAGGAGAUAAAGGCUGAACCUGAGAACUGUACAAAUUCAGAGAACGUUUUAGUGGGUCUGUAUGGUGAGCCAUACCCAACACCUCAUAAUGCAUAUCAGGCCAUGAAUGUAAAGGCUAAGGCAGAAGAGGAAGAGGAUCCUCUUGCAGUAACAUUUCCAGAACUAAAGGCUGAACCUAAGACCAUGAAAGUAUUACAUGCAGAAAGGAAGGGACCCAAACUCAAAACAUUAGAAAGAUAUUAUAUCUGGACCGAAAUGCUACAACAUAGCGACAACAUCGACACAAGGAGCAGCCCAUACACAUAUCAUAAGAAGGUCAAAUGGUGAUUUGAAUGAACUUCAACGUAUACAUGGUGAGGAGCAACAAUAUUCCUGUGAUGAGUGUGGUGAUUCAUUCAGUCAAGAGCAAAUUCUGAUAGCAAAUCGACGCAUACGUAGCGGGGAGCAGUCAUUUUGUUGCAAUAUGUGUAGUAAGUCAUUCAGCUAUAAGAGUCAUCUGAAGAGACACCUGCGCAUACAUACUGGAGAGCGGCCGUUUUGUUGUGAUGUCUGUAGUAAGUCAUUCAGUGUUAAGAGUAAUCUGAAGACACAUCAUCGCAUACAUAGUGGGCAGCAGUCAUUUUGUUGCAACAUGUGUAAUAAAUCAUUCAGCUAUUUGAGUGAGCUGAAGAGACACCUGCGCAUACAUACUGGAAUGCGGCCAUUUUGCUGUGAUGUGUGUAGUAAGUCAUUCAGUGUUAAGAGUAAUCUGAAGACACAUCAGCACAUACAUACUGGGAAGCAGUCAUUUAUAUGUGACGUUUGUAAUAAGUCAUUUAUUUCAAAGAGUGAUCUGAAGACGCAUAUGCACAUACAUACUGGGGAGAAGCCAUUUUGCUGUGAUGUAUGUAGUAAGUCAUUCAGUUUGCAGUGUAAUCUGAAGUUUCAUAAGUGCAUACAUAGUAGGGAGAAGCCAUUUUGCUGUGCUGUAUGUAAUAAGUCAUUCGGUGUGCAGAGUAGUCUGAAGAGGCAUCAACGCA